UCCGUGGGCCAUCAAAAAUAAGUUACGUGAUCGUGCGCAUUUUGUUUUCGUUACACUCCUUAAAUGUUAUUGGGGUUCACCGCCAAUUUUUUAUAGCUGUGUUUUGCGUAUGUAAAGUUUAUCGGGUUAUUGAAAUACAUUUUAAAACCUAAGAUGAGUCGUAUGGGACAAGGUGAUCAACGGAUCAACCCUGGACAUGUGGAAGUUGUCCAAGAGCCAGGUCCUGCUCCGGGCGCUCAACCGGCGGCGGGUCCAGGUGCUCAACCGUUGGCGGGUCAACCGCAGGGUGGCCCAGGCGCUCAACCGGCGGCGGGUCAACCGCAGGGUGGCCCAGGCGCUCAACCGGCGGCGGGCCAACCGCAGGGUGGCCCAGGUGCUCAACCAGCGGCGGAUCAACCACAGGGUGGCCCAGGCGCUCAACCAGCGGCGGGCCAACCACAGGGUGGCCCAGGCGUUCAACCAGCGGCGGGCCAACCACAGGGUGGCCCAGGCGCUCAACCAGCGGCGGGCCAACCACAGGGUGGCCCAGGCGCUCAACCAGCGGCGGGCCAACCACAUGGUGGCCCAGGCGCUCAACCAGCGGCGGGCCAACCACAGGGUGGCCCAGGCGCUCAACCAGCGGCGGGCCAACCACAGGGUGGCCCAGGCGCUCAACCAGCGGCGGGCCAACCACAGGGUGGCCCAGGCGCUCAACCAGCGGCGGGCCAACCACAGGGUGGCCCAGGCGCUCAACCAGCGGCGGGCCAACCACAGGGUGGCCCAGACGCUCAACCGGUAGCGGGCCAACCACAGGGUGGCCCAGGUGCUCAACCGGUAGCGGGCCAACCACAGGGUGGCCCAGGUGCUCAACCGGUAGCGGGCCAACCACAGGGUGGCCCAGGUGCUCAACCGGUAGCGGGCCAACCACAGGGUGGCCCAGGUGCUCAACCGGUAGCGGGCCAACCGCAGGCUGCUGCGGGCGGACCUCAAUUGCUGGUCAACCACCCAGUUGUUCCGCUGUGGCCACACAUCCUGGACAACCCCCCUGUAUUCGACGCUCCUUUUCAUGAGCAACAGCAUAUUCCGUGGGCAUCUGGUGAUGAUGGUGGCCAUGGACUUGGCAUUGCCCUUGGCCUGUUUCGUGGACGCGGUGGUCGUGGUCGUCCACGUGGCCACGGGCGUGGUGGUCCCGUUUGAGGUGAGCUAACAUACCUGGUGUUUCCUGCAUGCAGUAGGAAAAAAACAUUUUUAAAAUCCUGUUUUAAAGUAGGGAGGAGUUACUUAAGUCAGUAACUGUAAUUGAUACAGGUAAUUUUAUUAAUUAGCAUAUUACUAAAUUUGUUGUGGAAUAAUAAUAUUUAUAUUUUUUUAAAUCAAUUUAUUAUUGUUGUGCCUAUAAAAUGCUUUGUUUGGAAACAUGCUAUAUUGAUUCAUUGCGCAUGUGCAAGUUGUUGUAUAUUAAAAGGAUGCUGAUGGAUUCGGUUAAUAAUUAAAACACUUUAUAGCCUGGCCCCGCCAUCUUGGCCCACUUCCUUUAUUCCAUAGAUACCUUCUAAGUGUAUGCCACACACACUAUAUUCAUGUACAACAUCUCCCCUUUUCAACAUCACUGACAAAUUAUACAAUCAACUAAAAUAUCUGGACUUUUCACUCUACACAACAACACAAAUUAUCUGGAAUCAUCCCAAGUACAUUACAAACCAUCACAAAUUAUCUGGAAUUAUCCCAUGUACAUUACAAACCAUCACAAAUUAUCUGGAAUUAUCCCAUGUACAUCAUUACAAUCCAUAAAUUUUCUUUAUUACACAAUAACUCAAAUUAGCUUUAAAUUAGACACAAUACCCUUACAUAGUUUAACGUGUUACCCAGACAUGUACGUUACAUACAGGUACAGCCCCUGCAACUCUUACUUUGAAUAAUCCUCCAGGUAUCGAGGUGGCCUAAUCACACGACCUGACUUUGAUCUCCCGAAUUCACUCCCUUCCCCAUUUCGAGGGUGCUCAAACCCUUUAAAUCCACCAGUAACUUUCUCAAACCCCUUAAAUCCCAAUUUGUCUUCCUCUGCUUCGCUAGUUCGACUAUGGCUCAUAUGUUUAUUGUGUUCCGUGUCAGAAUUCUUCUGUGUACACAGCAACUUAUUUCCCUGAGUACUCAGCAUAAGAUUGUCAGGAUUAUCGUACCCAUCUUCUAGUCCUUCCUGAACAAUUACAAAAGGACUCCCGUCUCCAUCGUGUAUCAAGUAUCUACGGUUCCUUUCUACUUCCUUGCCUGAGUCAACUAUUACUCUGUAUGACCUUGGUCUGUCUAGAGCCUUUGUGACCUGUCCCCUCUGCCACAUAUCACCUUUCCUUACUCUAACCAAACUGCCUUCUUCAAAUGGUUCUAGUUCCUUGGACCGUUUGUCGUAAUACUGCUUCUGUUUUUGUUGCCUUGCCGUUAGAUGUGCUUGUACAUUGGGUUGAGCAUCCGGGUUUAAAAGUUCCUUAGUGAGAGGCAUCAAUCCUCUCAGCCUUCUGCCAAAGAGUAACUGAGCAGGGGAUGGCAAUUGACUAAUGACUGGUGAGUUUCUAUACUCGAGAAGCGCUAGCAUGAUGUCUUUCUGAUCUACCACAGCCUUCUUUUGCAAUUUCUUAAUUGUCUGAACAUGACGCUCAACAAAUCCAUUAGACUGUGCAUAUGUUGGGCUAGAUGUCUGAUGUUUGAAAUUCCACUGUUUUGAAAAGUACUUAAAUUCUCUUGAACUGAACUGUGGUCCAUUAUCACUGUAUAACACCUCAGGUAUUCCAUGUCUUGCCAUGACCGCUUUACAGUGUGUAACCACAUGUGUGGACGACAAGUUCAGCAAGAGACUGAAUUCUGGAUACUUUGAGUAUGCAUCCACAACUAAAAGGUAGUCCUUACCCUGAAAAUGUAAUAUAUCAGCUGCUACAACCUGCCAUGGUUUACACGGAAUUUCCUUGUUGAUUUGAGGCUCUUUACUGUUUUGAUUUUGGAAUGCCCUACAAGCCAUGCAGUUAUUAACAACAGCUUCGAUUUCUUUAGUCAUACCGGGCCAGAAAACACACUCUCGAGCUCGCAACUUACAUUUCUGGAUACCCAUGUGAUUAUAGUGGAUUCUUUCGAGGACCUCCCGUUUCAUACUUUGGGGAAUCACAAUUUGUAACCCCUUGUAUACUAACCCAUUUUGUACCGAAAGGUCCUCCCGGUAUGACUAAAAGGGUCUGACCUCUUGUGGUAUCUGCUUAUUGCUAGAAGGCCACCCCUUCAACACCAUUUCUUGGAGUUCAGACAUUAUUGCAUCUCCAAGAGUUGCUUUCUGGAGUUUUUCUAUUAUGUCCUGUGUGGCCUGCACGUGGUGGACCACCAUCCCUCCUGAGCAGCUAUCUCUUGCUCAUGUAAAUCAAAUGCCUCGUCAGGUCCACUAGCACUUGAUAGUGCAUCAGCAACCAAUAACUCUUUAUCAGGCCUGUAUUUUAAAGUAAUGUCAUAAUUUUGCAGGUUGAUGCGCAUCCGUUGCAAUCUUAACGGGCACUUAUCCAACGGUUUGUGGAAUAUGGCUUCUAGAGGCUUGUGAUCAGUCUCCACAACAACUUUACGCCCAUAAAUGUACUGAUGGAAACGUUCACAGCCAUACACCACCGCAAGAAGCUCCUUCUCUAUCUGAGCAUAAUUUUGCUGUGUUUGGGUUAGCAACUUGGAUGCAAAAGCCACCGGUCCCUGUUCUUGCAGCAACACUGCUCCGAGGCCUUUCUGUGAGGCAUCUACCAAAACAGUAACUGACCCUUGAGGAUAAAAAUACUGCAAGACCGGCAUGGUGGUUACCAAUGUUUUCAAAUUGUGAAAAGCCUUCCGUUGCUGUUCUCCCCACUGCCAAAUGGCACCCUGUUUACACAAUUCCCUUAACACUGCAGUAUGCUCCGAGAGACCGGGAACAAAUUUUGCUAGGUAUUAUCUUUGAAAGAUUUGUGCAAUGGGAGUGCAUGACUUGAUGUAGGCUUUUGGACAUACGCCAUUGCUUAGCACAUGUAUGUCCGCAGAAGAAAACUUCAAAAAAAAAAAAAAAAACCACAAAUGACAAAAACACAAAUUAAGCAAAAAUUGCUGUUGUCAGGAUUUAACGCCACACAAUAUUCCACAACAGGAAUAUGGUCAACAAACAAAGAAAAAACAAAGAAAAA